UUUGGCUCCAGUUUGUCGUGUGCAGAACACUAAACCUUUUCAGCUUUUUCGAGUGGAUCAGUGUAGCUGGUGAACCCUGUACAGCAGGAAGAUGAAGUGGUGUGUCCUGUUUUGUGUUGUCUUCACAACUCUUGUCUCCAAUCAUCUCAGUGGUGCCAGAUUCAUUCCUGAAGGAGUUCCCUAUGAUGAGCCCCCUGCUGUUCCCUACUGGCCAUACUCAACCUCAGAUUUCUGGAACUACAUAGAAUACUUUCGAACCAUUGGAGCCUACAGCCACAUCAACCAGAUGGCCAGGGCUUUCUUCGCCCACCAGCAUCUCGGUGACACCUUGGGCUAUGAAGUGCCUGAGCAUAAGCGCUAAGGGAGUGGGAUUGCUUUCUGUAUGAGAAUUUAGUAGGAAUUAGUAGCCUAAAGAUAAAAAUAAUCUGUCUAUGUAUCCAGAUAGUUCAGACAAUAUUGGCUUUGUUAUGUAUUUUUAAAAAUGCCAAUCAAAACUCAAGCACAGAAGCUUCAUUUUGUAAUGUUGUGGUUUGUGAAACAAUUUACAUGUUUAACUUCAUAUAAACGUCAUAUAUCCUACCCCUA